AUGGGUGACAGAGCUUUACCAGACUGGAUGUCAAAGAAACCUAAUCUUGAAAGUGAAGCACAGCAGUCAGGCACCUACAAGAAAAAUGUUCUAGAGGAUGAUCUUCCUUACCUGGAAUUUCAUGGUACAAUCAUAUAUAGCCGAGAGCAACAUGACUGCUCGUUUUUGUCAGAAGAUUUAAGAUCCUAUCUGAUGCCUGGCUCUGCAGUGGGAUUUGAUUUAGAGUGGCCACCAAGCUUCACCAAAGGCAAGAAGAAGAAAGUUGCUAUGGUGCAACUCUGUGCUUCAGAGGAGAAAUGCUUCCUCUUCCAUGUGUCAUCGAUGUCAGGAUUUCCCCCUGGCCUGAGGACGUUUCUUGAAGAUGAGACCAUCAAAAAGGUUGGGGUGGGCAUUGAAGGAGACAUGUGGAAACUUCUGUCUGACUAUGAAGUUAAGAUGAAGAAUGCUGUAGAGCUGUCUGAUUUAGCCAAUGAAAAGCUUAAAUGUGUGGAGAAAUGGAGUCUUGACGGACUUGUGAAGCACGUCUUAAAACAACAGCUUUUCAAAGAAAAGGAGGUCCGCUGCAGCAAAUGGGAUGACUUUGAUCUCACAGAGGAACAGAAACGAUAUGCUGCCACAGAUGCUUAUGCUGGAUGGCUUGUGUAUCAGAAGUUAGAAGCUAUGGGGAGCUCUGGUGGAAUGAUGACAUCAUCUGACUUGAAACACAAGCUGUGUCUAAUGGCCAGUGACAUUGAGAAGUUGACUAGUUGUGUUCCUGAUGUGUUGAAUCGUACAAACGGAGUUGAAAUGCUUGUUGAGGACAUAUCUCAGAAGCUUAUGGCUCUGAAAGACCUGCUGAUGAAGAACAGUGAUACUGAUGCAGGCAAAUGUCAAUCUGAGAAUCAUGACAUCCAUCACACAAAAAUAAACUCAACAGACAAUGCAGUUGGUCCCAGAACAAGCUCAUCUGGAGUGAAAGACAGUGGUCCUGCUAGUACGCAGUCUCUCACAGAGCCGUUAGCAUUCAACGAAGUGACACCCGCUCACAGAACCUGCAUCAUGUCCCUGGAUAUUUCAGAGUAUGAGGUGCAGAUGUUGGAGAUGCAGGCCAGGCAGGAAGAAAUGGAGGAGAAAUCUGCUUUGGAGUUUCAGCAGGGGGCAGCCAUGGAUAGCUCAUCUGACCAGUUUUAUGAAGUGGAGAGUGAUGAAGAGCUAGAAAAUGCAAUGCUACAGUGUGUUAAUGAAGUUGAUAACCCAAAUAAUGGAAAUGGGGAGCAUCACACUUCUGACCAGAGGGAGAAACUUGGACCACCUGAGGAUGAAGAUGAAGACAUUGAGGAAGAAGAGGAGGAGGGGUUUGAUCCAGACUUGCCUCAACCAAACCCUGAACAAAUAAAAUGUCUGAAGAUGUAUUUUGGACAUCACAGUUUCAAACCGGUACAGUGGAAAGUAAUUCACUCUGUUCUGGAGGAAAGGAAGGAUAACCUAGUUGUCAUGGCAACAGGUUAUGGGAAGAGUUUGUGUUUCCAGUUCCCUCCAGUUUACUGUGUGAACAUCAGUGUGGUUAUUUCUCCUCUUAUAGCCCUUAUGGAGGACCAGGUGCUACAGCUUCGAAUGUCUAACGUUCCAGCUUGUUUUCUUGGAUCAGCCCAGACUGAAAACUUGUUUUCUAGCUUAAAGGAGGGACGUUUCAGGGUCGUGUACAUGACUCCUGAAUUUUGCUCAGGGAACAUACCUCUCCUUAAAGAGUUGAAUAAUUCAAUUGGAAUCUCAUUGAUAGCCAUUGAUGAGGCUCAUUGCAUCUCUCAAUGGGGCCAUGAUUUCAGAGGUGCAUACAGAAGCCUGGGCAAACUGAAGAAAAGUCUUCCAGAUGUUCCUAUAGUUGCACUGACGGCUACAGCCAGCCCUUCUAUUCGGGAGGACAUUGUUAAGAGUCUGAACUUGACCAAUCCCAUCAUCACUUGCACUUCUUUCGAUCGACCCAACCUGUAUUUGGAUGUGAAGCGCAAGUCCGGUGAUAUCAUCCAAGACUUUAAACAAUUCCUCAUUAAGAAGAGAGGGUCUGAUUAUGAAUUCGAGGGACCAUCCAUUGUGUACUGCCCGUCUAAGAAGGAGGCUGAGCGUGUGACAGCCGCGCUGUCUAAGCUGGGAGUCUUGUGUGGGGUGUAUCACGCUGGCCUGGGCAUCAAACAAAGGAGAGAGACUCAGUAUCAGUUCAUGAGAGACGAGAUCCAGUGUGUGGUGGCCACCAUUGCUUUUGGGAUGGGUAUAAACAAAGCAGAUAUCAGAAAGGUCAUUCAUUACGGAGCCCCCAGAGAGAUGGAGUUGUAUUACCAAGAGAUCGGCCGCGCUGGGCGAGACGGGCUGCCCAGUGCCUGCCAUGUCCUGUGGGCACCAGCAGACAUGGCACUGAAUAGGUUUCUGCUCUCCAAGACUAACAGCGAGAAGGUCCAUAGCUACAAGAUAGAUAUGAUGGCCAAAAUGGAGAAGUACUUGAAGUCAACAAAAUGUAGAAGGAAGCUAAUUCUAUUACACUUUGAGGAUAAGCAACUUCGGAAAGUUACCUCAGGAAUAAUGGGGACCAGCAAGUGUUGUGACAACUGCAAGUCAGGCCCCAGUAAAGAGGAUCCAAAGCAGAGCUUACAAGACUUUGGGCCUCGUGCCUACCAGCUGAUGGGUGCGGUCAACGCUUUUGAGGGGAAAUUUGGCAUGACUGCUCCUGUGCUCUUCCUGCGUGGCUCUACAUCUCAGAGGGUUCCAGAUCGGUUUCGACAGCACCCUUUAUUUGGAGCAGGGCGUGACGUAGCCGAGGCCUGGUGGAAAGCCCUUGGCCGUGAGUUAAUCUUGGAGAAGUAUCUGAUGGAGACCAUAGGCCAGAACAGACUCAUGACCUUUUGCAAACUCGCCCCGAAGGGCAGAACGUGGCUUGACAAAGCAAAGAAUGAAACACAGAGAACACUUUUGCUACAGCCAAACCAAGACCUCUGUCCCAGAGCGUGUGUGCCAAGGAAUAAUCGAGAUCCAACACCUGCUGUGAUUUCAUCCAGGGGCAGCUCUGUGGACUAUAAUCAGGCCAUUGUGCAGUCCAGUCCUUGUUAUCGAGCAGAUGUCAGUCAAGUUUGCAGAACCACCAACUCAUCAUCCUCUAGAUUGGUUCCUGGGUCCUCUGGUAUUACAGUAGCAUGUCCCCAACCUCCUACUGUCUCCCCUAGAGACCUGGAACUUCAGGCUGAACUAUAUGGCAAACUGGUGGCUGAGCGUCAGAAGCUUGCCAGUCUGAAGGACAUCCCUCCAGCCAUACUGGCCACCAAUAAGAUACUGCUGGACAUGGCCAGAGUCAGGCCGUGUACAGAAUCCAGUCUUAUACAGGUGGAUGGUGUGUCUGAGGCCAGGGCCACCAUGUUGGCACCGCUGCUCCAAACCAUCAAACAGUUCUGUCACACACACAAACUGCAGGUGGACACAAUGUCCAGCUCAACCCCACCUGACCUGGUGCCGACUCAGUCAAAGCCGAUCAGCAGUGCUUUUGCCACACCCCUACCAGACAGUGUCUCUAUCACCUACAGACUGUUCCAGACAGAGGGUAAAAGCAUGAGGCAGGUGGCUGAUACACGCAGCAUGCCUCUGGUGGUGGUGGAGUCUCAUCUCUUACAGGCUCAAAAGGCCAACCAUCCUUUAGAUGUGGAGAGAGCUGGCCUCUCAGUCACAGUGUUCAGCAAAAUUGCAAGCAUCAUCCACACAUCUCCCCUCAGCUCAGACCUCGGCGAUCUAAAGGCCAUUCGUGCUCUGAUACCUGAGGAAAUUAGCACCUUCCUGGUCAGACUGGCUGUGACUAAAUUGCAAAGGGAGGGUUUUCCCAAAGAAACGUCCUGCUGUUCCCCUGAAAAGCAGAACAUUACCUGGAUAGAACCACAGAAGAAAACAGUGAAGGAGGAUAGGUCUGUGAUCCCCCCGGCCUCAACAGUCAGAGCAGAUCCCGAUUCUGAGCUGGACCCCAUAGAUAUGAGUGAGGACGACAUGUUCAUGGAAGUGCCCAUGCCAGAGGAUUCUGAGGGCCCCACCCCCAGCAACAUGCCUCUUUCCACUGCAAUGGAGCUAGCCUCAUGGAACCAGGAAGAGCUGGAUAAGGACACACAGGAUCUCUUCAGUGACUCACCUGUGAAGAAUGUUGGCCAACCAUCUAAGAGGAAACUACCAGAGUGGACGGAGAUGCCAACUGGUCAGGCUUCUGCUGCUGCUACUUCUGCUUCAUCAAAGAAAACUAAGAAAAAGAAAGGCCUUUUCAUGUAACAUUUCAGAGUUUUG